UACUCUCUCCUCUUUCUCUGCUUUCUUAAUUCCUUGCACGUACACUUUUACAAAUUAAAAAAUAUGGAGUCCAGCAACACGACAAUCACCACCACAACGCCGUCGUCUCCUAGCUCCGUAUCUCCGCCACAUAACUCCCCAUCUCCACCGCGGGUUGUGGCUACACCUUGUGCUGCCUGUAAGAUAUUACGGCGGAGAUGCGCGGAGAAAUGUGUGUUGGCACCUUAUUUUCCUCCCAAUGAACCCAUAAAAUUCACCAUUGCUCAUCGUGUUUUUGGUGCUAGCAAUAUUAUCAAGUUCUUGCAGGAAUUGCCAGAAUAUCAAAGAGCAGAUGCUGUAAGUAGCAUGGUGUACGAGGCUAACGCUAGGAUGAGGGAUCCAGUCUAUGGUUCUGCUGGUGCAAUUUGUCAACUUCAAAAGCAAAUAAAUGAGCUACAAGCACAAUUAGCCAAAACACAAGCUGAGCUUAUCAAUAUGCAAUGCCAACAAGCUAAUCUCAUGGCCUUUGUUUACAUGGAAAUUGGACAAUCUCCACCACCAUCACCCCAACAAUCUUUGGACAAGUUCACCAAUAGUACUAUACAUGGCACCACCCAAAAUAACACGAGUUUCCUAGAUGAGAACAACAAUUAUGGGACUUUAUUGGAGACUCUUUGGACAUGAUUAAAAAAAGAUUAUAUGUUCCUCAAAUUGGAACAUUCACUUAUCGAGGCAGAUUUAGAACUUAAAUUUGAUUGAUUCAAGUUUUAAGUUCUGUUUAUUGAAUUCACUAUUGUGCUUUUGAAAUAUCUUAUAGGUUAUGUUAAAACUUUACUAUUAUUUUAUGUAUUAUGCUUCGUAUCAAAAAUACUGGAUGCAACUGAAUCCAGUAAACCGGGGUUCAUCUGCCUCUGUGUUUACAUAUAGUCAUGGGAGCCAAUUAACUCUCUAGAAGGUUAUAGUGGAGGAUAACAAAAUUGUAAUAUAAUAUGAAGGAGAUCUUGAUAGAUAUAUUUAUAAUAAUGCUAGUUUAAUUUUUAUGUAAAAAAGAUAGUUGUUCUUAUAUUUCU